AUGAAUGCGGAGCUGGUGAGUGCUGGAGUUCGAAAGGGGUUCUUCCGACCGUCGAGAUUUGAAGAAAGGGCGAUGGGGAAGGCGGAAGCUAGAGGUAGAAAGCGGGUGGAGGAGGUGCUGAGGAUCCUAAGGGAGCAGACGCAGCUCACUGUGAAGCAGGUGAGAUGUUCUUACCGGGCUCGUUUACGCUGGGGAGGUGUUCUCCGGUCGUCGGACCUUCUCAUUUCCGACCAUUGCCUCACCUGGCGUGGUUCUUCGUCUUCCUGCUCCGAUGGUGAUCCUGUCUUCGGCGAACCUUCGCAGGAAAAGUUCUGUACCGACGAGUGUGUGGAGAGGUUCCUCAGGGCCAGGGACGACAGCGUGAAGAAGGCGGCGAAGCAAUUGAGGGCGUGCCUCACCUGGAGGGAUGCGAUCGGCAUUGGUUCGUUCAUCUUCCCGUUCCACCAGAACCCCCGCCAUUUCAUGAAACAUGUUUAGGGAUUAGGAUCUCGGUUCUCUUCUCCUGUGAAUCUGCCGUUUUCUCCCAGGAAGAACACUGAAUGCCGGGGAGAUGAGGUUGCAGACGUGACGCUUCUGAUGCUUUCGAAUAUUUUCUCUAACUGAGCAGACCAUCUGAUGGCGGACGAGUUCUCGACGGAGUUGGCGGAAGGCGCCGCUUACCUGGCGGGCCAGGAUGAUGAGGCCAGGCCCGUAAUGGUGAGAAGACACCGAGGAGCUACGAACUCAUUCCGCAUCCUCUUCCUCCGGUCAUCGUAGAUCCGUAACGUCUUCCUUUUCCUCCAGGUUUUCCGGGUAAAGCAGGAAUACCUCAAGCUCCGUUCUCAGAAAUCGUAUGGCCGGACUGAACUCUACUCCUCCGCCCUCCUGCAAUCUUCCUUAAUUUCUUCAAAGGCUCUGAAGCGGGUCGUGCUGCAGGUACACACGGCUGCUGGUGUUCACCAUGGAAGUGGCCAUCUCGUCCAUGUCCAAGCUGGUGGACCAGUUCGUGCUUCUCUUCGACGCCAGUGAGCUCCUCUUUCCCGCAGCCAUCAUUUCACCGCCGUCUUAUCUGUCGCCUGCAAAAUCACCUAGACUAGCGUCGCCGACGGCUGUAGUCCUCUUUCCCGGGAGCGUUACCGACCCUUGUCUGCCCGCCGCCUGAAUCUUUGCCAAAGCCACCUCAACGGCCGCGGAGUCUCGGAUAGUAUUACCCUCAGUUUCUGACGGGAUUACCCUCCCCACUGUCGCUAUGUGAAUCCCGUCGUCUUCUGCACUUGCACCGGCGAGGGCGGAGAACUGGGCCUCGAUGGUGGAGGAAGAAGAUGGCCGACUCCGUCCGUGGGGAGCUCACGGCAGUCAGACUGUGACUGUGGCAUGUAGGACUGAUUAGAAAAAUAUUAUCCUAUUGACUCAAGCGCACCACCAUGGGAGGACCUCGAGGUGUUUGAACAAUCGGCAAGGCGGGAAGAGGGGGGGGAGGGCGAGGAACAGUUUUCGAUUUAUGGAUUAUUUAUUGUUCACUGUUCUUUACCGACCUGAUUCGAAGAUAAGAUAACAUUCAAUGGUGGCAGGGGGUUUCAGAUCGGCGUCGGCUUCCCUCAACCUGUUCAUGGGGACACUGAAGAUCAUCUCCGAGUACUACCCAGGCCGCCUCCACAUGGCCUUCGUCGUCGACCCACCUUCCCUCUUCCCCUAUCUCUGGAAGGUCGGUCCUUUCUCGGUCUGGCUUUUCUCUGCAGCAACAAAGAGGGCCCUCAUCUGAUCCGUCUCCCUGACAGGGCGCCCGCCCGUUCGUUGACCUGUGGACAUCGACGGCGGUGGUCUCCUCCGUCGGCCUCGAGGACUCCGUGGAGGAGCGGCCACCCUUCGCCUUCGCCGCCAUCAACAGCCCUCGGGUCUCCUCCCUCCGCUUCGACCCCUCCACCAUCUCCAGGGCUUCCUCCAGGUUCGGCAGCGGCGGGUCAAGGUCCUCGCGCUUCUCCUUCACCGUCUCCCACAUAGACGCCCUCAAGCCGUGGUAUCUCACCCGCACGGAGCCCUCCGCCGCCAGCCCCUCCCUGAUCGGUGUCUCCCCUCUCAGCGCCCGCUCCUUCUCCUUCGCCUCCCCCGGCGCCAGGUCUGCUUCCACGCCGCAGCACCGGCGCGUCGCCGCCGCCAGGAGCAUGCCCUCAACGCCGUCGUCGGUACGGCCGCCCCCGCCGAGGACGCCUCAGCCGUCGUUCCUGCAGUCGCCGGUGGCGAGAUUCUUCGGAGCGAAGAGAGACGCCCGCCACCACCAGCAGCGGCCUGAGGGACGAGAGUCCUUCCUGCCGUUCCUCAAGUUCUAUCGCCGCCCUUACGACGAGAUUGCGUACAGGGCCAAGAUGCGCCUGCCCCUCAGCGGGCUCAUCUCCGUCGUCUCCCCGCAGAUGAUCCGGCAGCGCCGCCAAUUCAGCCACCAGAGAUCCAGACGGAGUUGA